AUGGAGUCAGUCAAUCCUAGAACACAGGAAGUUUUGCCAGCGUCAGAGGGAGUCCAACGGCCAAAGAAGAAAGCAAGAAUGGACGAUGAAGUAUCAAAGCCAGGAAAACACACACAGUUUGUGAUGCCGACCCCUGAUGGCCUUGACAAUGGGCUGCAGCCAUCCCCAUCCAAUGAUAGUCAAAUGGAUGAACCAACAAAUAACAAUGACCCACCAUCAAAUCCAGGAGCAGUCAGCGAUGCAGACACUGUUCGCCCUUCAGAUUUCAAGGAGGAGAAAGAGAAGGAGCAAGUUCACAAGUCAGCGCAGCAUCCUCAUCCGGCUGAGGAUAUCAUUAAAGCAAUGAAGGCAGAACUAUCGAGAGCCACUGCGAAUGACAUUGAAGGAGAAAUACUCUGCCUCCGAGCAAUGUUCCCCAAUUAUGCAGGAGAAAUGGAGCAGGACCCGCUGAGUAUUUAUAAAGCAACCUCGGGUCCAGACACAAUGUACAUGCAUGAAGCCAUGCAAGAAAAUGAUUCCCAUGAAGAAAGAAUGCAAAAAUCAAAUCAACAAUGGAAAUUUCAGUGUGGUAGAUCAAUUGCAGGUUCCAGAGGGAGGCACAAUAUUACCAGUGGUGUGGCAAAUGAAAAGAAAAAGAGAUAUCAAGACAAGAAGGAUCAAGAAGUACAAAGCAAUAUUGAACAUUGA